CAGUUUCUGCACAGUGAUCAUCGCUAUUUUUUUGAGUCAUAAUUUUGAAUUCGUCAGUUGCUGGUUUGUUACUGAAAGGCUCAGAAUAUUUCUUCUGAUUGCCUUCCUAUUUGGAUCUUUCCAGAGCUCUGAACACUUGAACACCCACCAUGGAUGACUUUGAACGCCGCAGAGAGCUCAGGAGGCAAAAGCGUGAGGAAAUGCGCCUUGAAGCAGAGAGGCUGUCCUACCAGAGAAACGAUGAUGAUGAGGAAGAAGCUGCCAGAGAACGUCGCCGACGGGCUCGACAGGAAAGGCUGCGGCAAAAGGAAGAAGGAGAUCUAUCAGGAGAAGUAACGGAGAAAUCAGAAGUUAAUGCCCAAAACAGCGUGGCAGAAGAGGAAACCAAACGUACUACAACCACAGGGGGAACAGAUGAUGAAGCUGCAUUGUUGGAGAGACUGGCAAGACGGGAGGAGAGACGCCAAAAACGUCUACAGGAAGCCCUGGAACGUCAAAAGGAAUUUGACCCCACGAUCACAGAUGGGAACUUGUCACUGCCCAGCAGGAGAGAAGUAAACGAUGUGGAAGAAAACGAGACCAUGGGGAAAGAAGAAAAGUCUGAAACACGCCGAGGACGCUAUGAGAUUGAGGAAACAGAAACAGUUAUCAAAUCAUACCAAAGGAACAACUGGAGGCAAGAUGGGGAAGAAGAGGAAAAAAAAGAAGAAAAAAACAAGGAGGAGGUACAGGAGGAGAAACCAAAGGAAGUCCCUGUAGAGGAAAAUCAGGGGGAAGAAAAAGAGGUUAAAGUGGAAGCUAAAAAGGAAAAGUUACCAGAUGAGAAGCUCGGACUUCCCUCCAAAAAAGAUCAGCAGGUAAAAGAUGACAAGGAUAAAGGAAAAGCACCUAAAGAGGAAAUGAAAAGUAUCUGGGAUCGUAAGAAGGGAGUUCCUGAACAAAAGGCACAGAACGGAGAACGUGAACUCACUGCCCCAAAACUUAAAUCUACUGAGAAUGCUUUCGGCCGUUCCAAUUUGAAAGGGACCGCAAAUGCUGAGGAAGCGAAGCCGGGGUCUCAGGUCGAGGCUGGAAAGCGGCUAGAAGAUCAGCGUCGUCGUCGAGGUGAGAACGAGGAGUUUGAGAAGCUGAAGGAGAAGCAGCAGGAGGCGGCGGCAGAGCUGGAUGAACUGAAGAAAAGGCGAGAGGAGCGCCGGAAAAUCCUGGAGGAAGAGGAGCAGAGGAAGAAGCAGGAGGAGGCUGAGAGAAAAGCCAGAGAGGAGGAGGAAAAGAGGAGGAUGAAGGAAGAAAUUGAAAGGAGAAGGGCUGAAGCUGCUGAGAAACGUCAAAAGAUGCCAGAAGAUGGCAUAUCUGAAGACAAGAAGCCAUUUAAAUGUUUCAGUCCUAAAGGUUCAUCUCUCAAGAUAGAGGAGCGAGCAGAAUUUUUGAACAAAUCCGCUCAGAAGAGUGGUAUGAAACCCACCCACACGACAGCAGUCGUCUCAAAGAUUGACAGUAGACUUGAGCAAUACACUAGUGCAAUCGAGGGCACAAAGGCAGCAAGACCAGCUAAGCCAGCAGCCUCCGACCUUCCUGUUCCAGCCGAGGGUGUCCGUAAUAUCAAGAGCAUGUGGGAGAAGGGGAAUGUUUUUUCAUCACCUUCUGGGACGGGAACACCAAAUAAGGAAACUGCUGGCCUGAAGGUUGGUGUCUCCAGUCGUAUCAAUGAGUGGUUAACCAAGACCCCAGAGAGCAACAAAUCACCCGCUCCAAAACCUUCUGAUUUAAAACCAGGAGACGUAUCUGGCAAACGUAAUCUCUGGGAGAAGCAGUCAGUUGAAAAGUCAGCUGCUUCUUCUUCUAAGGUAUCAGCUAUGGGGAAAAAAUCAGAGACUAAUG